AUGGGAAUGGAAGAAAAAGCUCCUGAAUAUGAGUACAGCAAAGUUCCAACAAAGGCCAUGAUUGCGGAAAGCCCGGAGAAACCACCAGCUUAUGGCUAUGGAGUCAGACAUGUUCAGCUUCUAAUAUGUUUACUGAGCCUAACAGUCAACUUCAUAGCGAGAGGUCAUUUGGGUGUCACUGUUGUAGCUAUGACUAGUCCUAGAGAUCAUGCUUUAGUUUUAGAUACAAAUACAAGUACAAAUUAUGUCGAGAAUAUCACAAUAAGUAAUGUUAGUAUCAAUGGUGUUCCUUCAAUGGAUUCUACCGAGGAUCCCUUCAAAAGAUUUGACUGGCCAAAAUCGACUCAAGAAAUGGUACUAGGCGCUUUCUUCUUAGGAUACUGCAUCAUGACCUUCCCCAUGGGAAUUGUGGCACAACGAUGGGGUGGCAAGAUACCGUUGCAAAUUGCUUUAUUUUUCAACGGAGUUAUAUCUCUCUUGACCCCGUGGCUUACAAACUGGGGUGGUUGGAAAGCAGUAUGCGCCUGUCGUAUAAUACAAGGAUUGUCUCAGGCAGGAGUCUACCCCAGCAUCCAGACUUUGUUAGCUAAAUGGGUUCCAGUCAGCGAGAGAGCGUCUUUGACUAGCUAUGUUUACACAGGUUCAAUAGUUGGCACCGUACUAUCUUUCCAGUUGUCUGGCUUUUUGAGUGAAUCAAAAUGGGGAUGGCCGUCAGCAUUUUGGGUUGUUGGUCUGAUCUGCCUGAUCUCGUUCGCACUUCUGACUGUUUUUGGUUCUGCAUCACCCGCUGUCCACAAAACAAUAAGCGAUGAAGAGAAGAAUUUCAUUCUCGGCCGCAUCGAUGACGGGAAAGUUAGGAGAUUGAAGACACCGUGGAAAGCGAUCCUACGUUCGAAGCCGUUAUGGGGUACACUAGCGACACACGUUGGCAGUGGAACUAGUUUCGUCUUUUUCUUCACUCAAGUGCCAUCUUACAUUCAUUAUAUUCUUGGAGUUGAUGUUAGAAGCAGUGGUCUUCUGUCAUCUUUGCCGUACAUCGUGAGUUUCUUCACGAACAUUACGUUUGGAACACUAUCAGACUUCAUGACAAAUAGGAAUAUCAUCAGUGUCAGGAACGCGCGAAGAAUAUUUAAUAGCAUUUCUCAGGUAGGAGUGGCAAUAUCUCUAAUUUGUGCAGCAUUUACAACGAGCACUGUGGUAGGAGUACUUUGCCUGGUCUGCUCCAUGGGAUGCCAUAUGGCGAUGCACGUUGGAUGGAUGGUGAACCACAUAGACUUGGCUCCUAACUUCAGCGGCACUCUCAUGUCGAUAGGCAACACGCUGAUGAACAUUCUAAACGUGCUAUUGCCCGUACUUGUGUCCUACGUUGUCACUGACAUGAAAAAUCAAAUACAAUGGCGGAUCAUGUUCUUCACGGUAGCCGCCUUAACUUUGACGACAAAUGCUUUGUUUCUUGUACUGAUGUCUGCUGAUACACAACCAUGGAAUGAUGUCGAUGAAUGUGAUACGAGCCUAGAAGAUGCGGAAAUUAAACAAAAAAAGGAAACAAAAGAAAACCAAUAAAAAGUUGCCAAAA